AUGGCUUCCUCACUCGCUGCAUCGGUCACAUCAUUGCAGUCAUCGCUCCAACUUCUCGACAAUUCAAUCACAACCCUGGACUCAGGCGUCAAUGAUUUUCCCCGCUUGUGCAAAGUCCUCCAAACAACACGGCACUUUGAGCUCCUCCCAGAACCGACCCUCCGCGAAGCUCAGCAGUCUCUCCUUGACGAAAUCACCCCGAGUAUUGCCCACCUCCUCUCCCUAGCGUCGAACCACGUUGAAAGACUGUCACGCCGCGAAGAAGGUUUGAAAGCGAAAUGUGACUUGCAGGAGGGUCGUCUUUCCUCAAGAUCCGAAGGGCGAUCUUCGGCCACCCGGGAUCAGAACAAGAGCAGCACCAAUGCGCGGGGUCAGUUGGCGGGUUCUGGUAAUGCUGCCUCCAAAGCAGCAGAGCUGCGCAGACUUGUGCAGAAGAAAGAACGUCUCAAGUAUGCUGUUGACCGACUUGAGUUGCAAAGCACACAGCGUGAGCGCCAGCUGAGAAAGAGCAUGGCCGCACAAUGA